CAGACUCAUUUUUUCAUCCGUCUUCACGUCUUUUCCGACACUCAACUGGUUUGAGCCUCGACUGGUGAAACAUGUUUGUUGUUUUACGCACCUUUGUGGCCCGCAUUUCGUAGCCCCGAUCGCUGCGGGCUAGAGAAAGCCAUAUGUCGGGAUGGCAAGUCGACCAAUAUCGUCCGCCCAAUUUCGUCCAUGCGUAGUGCAUAUCAGACACCGGCAUCAACAACUUUCAUUGCUUGGCAGCUGAACAGUUUGGUGACCUCCCCUGAUGUGGAACGGGAAACGGUGAACGGACCCUCUAUUGCAGUUCCAAAAACAGCAACAAUUUAACGGUUCCAAUAUUGCCAUUUUUUGGUCCUUUGCGUCCCUGUCGUUGUCACAUCUCCUGUGUUGUCGUGGCUAACAAUCUAUUUUCAAUCUUCAACUACAACUUCAUUCCGCCUGGUUCUUUCUCUUUGACUCGCCCUCAUUCCCUCGCUAAAUCUUCGACUCGACGUCGACAGACACAACAUUCUUUUGUAGCUUAUACGUUCAUUUCAACACUUCAAUUCGGACAUUUUACAGUCAAUUCGUCGACUAAACCUCCAGUAACAACCACCGAAAGAAAACCAUUCGACAUGCAAAUCGGCCCUCUUGUCCCCUUGCUCGCGCUCCUCGCUGCCCCCGCCCUCGCGCGAUCUUCUCUCCACCCCAACGCUGCUGCGCAUCGGCGUCAGGACGUUGGGCAGGAGCGUAUCAACUCCGCAGUCGAGAGGCGCGAGGCCCUUGCUCAGUCCCAACCCCGCGCUCUUUCCGAGAAGCCCAACAAGAGAAAGAUUACCAGGCGAGGCGGCCGUAGCUGUAGGGCGAGGAACUCAACUGCCACUGCUUCUGACUCUGCUACUGCCUCUGCUACCGCCUCUGCUCUCAGCGAGGACUCCAGUGCUGUCUACUCUGACGCCGAAUCCGCUUCUUCUACUCAAGCUCCGGUUGAGAACACCUCGUCUUCUUCUGAAAAUGUGGCCGCCACCACCAGCUCUAUUGAGAACAUUGCAGCUUUGCAACAGCCUUCUAGUUCGUCUUCUACUGAAGACUCCUCGACUGCAGCCAGUUUGACUUCUGUCGCUUCUGCUGCGGCCACUUCUUCUGCCGCGGCCACUUCUUCUGCCGCGGCCACUUCUUCUUCCGCGGCCACGUCUUCUUCUUCCAACUCCACCGGCAGCUACACUCCCAAUGGUAUUAAGGCUGGUGUGACCGGUGACGACCCUUUGUCUUUCCUCCAAGGCCACAUUGGAUGGUACUAUGACUGGAACGCGACUCCGACUGGCUCUGCCAGCGGUGCUAGCCCUGCCAACAUGCUCUGGGGCGCUGGUACCGUCGACUCCACCGAUGCCUCUCGACUUGCCGCCUUCCAGGCCCUCACCACCGCUCCCCAGUACAUCAUCGGUUUCGAAGAGCCUGACUGUUCUACUUCCGGUAGUUCAAACAUUGGUGUCUCUGAUGCUGCCAGUCUUUGGGACUCGACCAUCGCUCCCUGGAAGGACCAAGGUUCUAUUUUGAUCUCUCCUUCCAUGUGCCACCAGGCCGCCGAGGAGUACACGAAAUGGUUGUCUACUUUCAGCACUCAGAUUUCCACCUCUUGGGACAUUACCAACUUGCACAUCAACAAGAACAGCAUGGACGGUGUCAAGGAAGACAUUGACUAUUACUACAACACUUACGGCAAGCCUAUCUGGGUCACCGAGUUUGCCUGUGUCGACGACAGUACCGACUUCGUCCCCUGUACCGACCAGAGCGAGAUUAACACCUUUAUCAACGAUAUUGUCGCUCUCUUUGAGUCUGACGACAGGGUUCAAGCUUAUGCCUACUCUACUGGUGAAGGUCUUUCUUCCGAAUGGGACAUGGUCAGCAACGGUGCUCUCACCGAGUCUGGUCAGACUUAUCUAACUGCCAUCUCUCAAUAUCAUUAAACAAUUAUCUAUACGCUCAUCUCUUACACAAUCUUUCUCUUAUCUGUUCGUUACUUGCUUUGCUCAAUUCCCUUCCUUUUCCCGGGCUUUUCCAUAGAUUGGUUAUAAACUCGGUAUCACACUCACAUCGACUGGUUUCUUUGUGGGUUGAAUUAUGAUCUCUUGUUACGUAUCCCCUUGAAGUAUAGGUUCAUGACAAACGAUAAGCCCUUUUGAUGCAUCUGCCAUGCCUUCA